GAAAUAACACCGCAUAAAUAUAAAUAUAUAUAUAUAUAGCUAUACACUUUACAUGUUACCAUCGUCUAACGUCUAGUGGUGAAGACCAUACCGGCAGUGAACAGACUUUACCGGCGGGGAAUGUUGACGGUGUAACACCACACUUGAGAAGAAGACGCUGAUCGCAUCCUCCUCUCUGCACAUUUAGUUUUAGCUCCAUUCUGUCAAAUAAUUACUAUUUAAUCCUCGUAAAUGAGUCACAGAGGAGACCGGGAUGAUGAGAGCUGCGGUAACCGGAAGGUCGCGUAUGUUUACAGUCCGGAAUACAUCGAGACUUGCGACAGUUUAUCUAAAGUACCAAACCGGGCGAGUAUGGUCCACUCACUGAUAGAAGCCUAUGGACUCCUCAAACACAUGAGCACCAUUAAACCUCAAGUGGCCACCAUAGAGGACAUGGCCAAGUUCCACACAGACUCUUACCUGGAGCAUCUCCACAAGAUCAGCCAGGACGGAGACAACGACGACCCCCAGUCGGUCGACUACGGCCUGGGUUACGACUGUCCAGUGGUGGAGGGGAUAUAUGACUAUGCGGCAGCAGUAGGGGGCGCUACUCUGACUGCAGCACAGUGUCUGCUGGACCAAAAGUGUGAAGUGGCCAUCAACUGGGCAGGAGGGUGGCAUCAUGCUAAGAAGGAUGAGGCAUCAGGUUUCUGUUAUGUGAACGAUGCCGUGUUGGGAAUCCUCAAACUGAGGGAAAAGUACGAGAGAGUCCUCUAUGUGGACGUUGACCUGCAUCACGGUGAUGGUGUGGAAGAUGCCUUCAGCUUCACAUCCAAAGUCAUGACUGUCUCCCUGCACAAGUUCUCUCCUGGAUUCUUCCCAGGUACGGGUGACCUGUGUGACACGGGGCUGGGUAAAGGCCGCUGGUACGCUGUGAACGUCCCGCUGGAGGACGGCAUCAAGGAUGACCGAUACUACCAGCUUUUUACCAGUGUGAUGCAGGAAGUGCGGGCGCAGUUCAACCCGGAGGCGUUGGUCAUGCAGCUGGGUGCCGACACCAUGGCGGGCGACCCCAUGUGCUCCUUUAACAUGACCCCAGUGGGGGUGGGCAAGUGUCUGCAGCAUGUCUUGGAGUGGCAGCUACCUACACUGCUGCUGGGAGGAGGAGGUUAUAACCUGGCUAACACGGCUCGUUGUUGGACGUACCUGACGGCAGCAGUGCUGGGAAAGACUCUCUCCUCUGAGAUACCAGACCACGAGUUUUUUACAGAGUAUGGACCCGACUACUCGCUGGAGAUAAGCCCAAGCUGUCGACCAGACCGCAACGACACCAAACACCUGGACCAGGUCAUCAGCACCAUCAAAGGGAAUUUAAAGAAUGUGGUUUAGGAGUCGGCAGCCUCCUCCUCCUCCUCCUCCUCCUCAAACACACACCAUGUUUCCAAACCAGGUCGAUGCUCGGCGGCUUUAAUGAAGACAAUAUGGAGCGGACCCCUUCAGCCCCCGAGGCAGCGAGCGACGAAGGCAGGAAAAAGAGGGUUUUGGAAAACAUUAGCUGAGUGUUUCCAGGGGAAAACGGUUUAAUAAGGGGAGGGGGGUGGGGGGGGCUGUACACUGUUUAUAAUUCUUUUGUUUUUUUCAGAAAAAGGUAUGUGUGUUUGUGUGAAUGAGAGAGUUUGUGGUGAGUUCAGUGUGGUUCUGUAAAACUCGUUUUUUUUUUUACAGCCAGUGAGUUUUUUGGGUAUCAAGGGAUGCGUUUGUGUAUCAGUCGGAUAUUUUAAACUAAACGGGAAAAACAGAUUUUUGCAGGUGUCCGGUUUCACGUCCACCCCGGUGCUGCUGUGAUUUCAGCCCCCCUGAGGACAGAUAAGCACUAAAACAGACAAAAAGCGAAAACACUGAGGUUCCCUAAACGCCUCGUUAUGAAACCGUGUUUCUCCACAGGUCUGGAAAGUCCUGAAUAGUGCAUUCAAUGAAUUGAGAAACUUGGAAAGUUUACAAAUAAACAGUCUGGAAAGGUUUGGGCCAGUUAGACAUUGUGGAAGUUGCUCAGCCACAUUGUUUAGACCUUCUGGGCAAAAAUCUGUAAAUUAAACAUCUGGACACAGUUUGUUAUUGUCUGUCCAUGGAAAAAAAAAAAAGAACUUUCCCUGCAUGUUUUCCGUUUCAAAUUCCAAAGAUUUGGUGAACUUUUAGAAGGUUUUAGAUAAAAGCAGCAGACCUAAAGUGGUCUGGUGGGACUGGGGAAGAAGGUGAAGUCAAUUCACUUCAGGUCAAUAAACAAACAUGGCUGCUGCUUGAAGACUGACAGGAAAUGUACCCUUCACAAGUCCUGAAAUGUUUGAAGGACACUAAUAACUUCUGUAUUAUUCUCAGCUGUAGCAUCACAUGUCCUCGUUUCCAGUUUAUCAGUAAAACAUUGAUCGGAAUCUUUGAAAAUCUUUGGGAAAAGUGGAAUGAAAAAAAUGUCUGCAGUAUAAACAGUUGCUCUGUUCAAAAUAAACAACAUGAUCUCCACUCUAGUGGCCUGUAAAUGUAAUAAAUUAAAUAAAUAUGACGUCCCAAAAUACUCUGCAGAGGCUGUACAUGUAGAAUUCGUAGGUUUUUCUCAGCUGCAAUCUUUCUGUAGGUCGUUAAAAUGCCUAAACAAUUCUAAAAAUAGCUGCAAAGUGCAUCUGAUUAUUUCACGUCUAUAGAAGUUUGGAAAACAGAAACAUCUUGUUUAGCUAUAGUGUUUGUGAUGUGACACAUUAGUCACUACAACAGCUGCACAUCAGACAGAAAUCUUCAAAUCCUGUUAAUGAAGCAGAGGCCUCAUCCACACUUUUGUUUUAAAGGCCCCAUAUUGUAAAAAGUGAGAUUUUCAUGUCUUUUAUAUUAUAAAGCAGUUUUAAGUGAUAUA